AUGCAUGGUGCCAACAACUCGAGGAGCAAAGCAAGACAUCAAGGUGUUGUCGCAUUGCAAUUCAAGAAAGGCAUCAAGAGGGAAGAUGAGAGCUACUUGGCCAUCUUUAGUGAGUUCGAUGAUGAGGAGCCAAGACCACAAGAUGACAUGCCCAAGGAGGUAGCUGCAGUACUUGAGGAGUUUAAGGAUGACCAAACCACCCGCCAUGGGCGCAUAGCGCAUGGCGCGUCCGGAGUUAGACCUUCGAAAGCCUCUUUCGUUCCAAUCCAAACGACUUCUAAAUCGACUGCAACUAAUAAUGAAGUCAAGAAAUACGUUAGGUCAGUGAUGACAACGACAAGGGAGAAGGAUCCGGAGCUGAAGAGGGUGUUUGCUACGUUCGACAAGAACAAUGAUGGGUUCAUAACAAAGCAGGGGCUGAAGGAGUCGCUGAAGAACAUCAGGGUCUUCAUGAGUGAUGAGGAAGUUGAAGAAAUGGUGAAGAAGGUCGACAUAAACAGAGACGGGCUGAUCGACUUUUCCGAGUUCUGCUUGCUCUGCCAGGGUCAGUCUAUUAUGAAUGGAGGAGAAGCCGGAAGUGAAGCUAGUGAUGUGGACCAAGAGGAGGAGCUGAAGGAGGCUUUUGAUGUGUUUGACAAGGAUAAGGAUGGUUUGAUUUCUGUGGAGGAGUUAAGGGUGGACAUGAGAAGCAAGUACUGUCAACUCCCACCAGCUUACAUGGUCUGCAUUGCAGUAAGAAGCCCAAGCUGGUGGGGCGGCCGUUACACCCGAUGA